AUGCGCUUCACAACUCUCUCUGUCCUACUUCUAUCAACCCUAGCACUAGCAACCCCAGAUUACGACCCGGCCAUCGAAAAGCGAGACGACAACACCGACUCAGAUUUGGCCAACCCUCUAAGUAACCUAGUCAACCCAACAACCACCACCACAAUGCCCACGCUCUUCCCCGAAGUACCUACCUCCAUCAGAUCCGACCUCAUCACUGAAGUUCCGACCUCUGUCAUCUCCGAGAUGACGAACCCGACAGCUUGGUCAUCAGUCGCGAGUGAGUGGAAGAACGGAAUCAUUCCGUCCUGGUACAGUAGUCUGAAUGGGGAUGUGAAAUCGUACUUUUCGACGGCUUUUGAAACGGCUUCGCCUUCCACCUCGUCUUCGCAUGGUGGUGCUGGGCCUGUGGCUCCGAAGGCGACGGGUAUGGCGGGGAUUAUGGGUGCUGCAGGGAUUUUGGGGAUGGCGAUUGUUUUGUAG